CUGAGGAGUCGCAGCUGUACUGAUCACCAAAGAUUAGGAACAGCUGCCCUUAACAGGCCACAGCUGUGUCCAAUGAGGAUGAGUGCUGCUGAAGAGUGGGUUAGCUGGUUCAGAAGGGAGCUGGAGUUCCUUGGCUGUACAGUGAAGGAGUCAGUGCUGUGAGGAGCUGCCCAUGAGAAAUCACCAAGAAGGUAUGGGACUUUUGCAAUAAGAUGACAGUACAUGGGACAAAUUGACUGGGAAAUACAGGUUUGCACAGUGCAUUUUGUCAAGAGAGGGAGGACUUUAUACCCUAGUGUCUCUGUAUUUCACAAGCUUUAAAAAUCACUUUAAAACAUACUCCCUUCUUGUUGGUGGUUAUGUGGGGCAGGAGUUUGCUCUCCUGGUGAUUGUCUAAUGAAAUUAAAUACUUAUCUUGGUUAUAAUACUAUCAUAAGGCAAUGCCAAGUGUUCUUUCCUAGAAUGAAAAUAGAAAAAAUGGAAGGCCAGUAUUCAAAAUAUGAAAUUAUAAAACGGAGGAUUCAAUAUUGCAAGAAAAGCUGAUAGCAGUGGUACUUUCCUUCCCUAGAUGGACAUCUGAUCUCGGGGCUUUUACUGGUUGUGUUUAAAUGGUUUACCAAAGCACAGUCUGAAGAAAGCUAUUUUUCUCUUAAUUUCUCUGAGUAUAUAAAGCAUACUGCAUGAACAACAUUUGGCAGAAGAGAAGCAAAAUGUAUCUGAAACCUUUAAUUAUAUACUGUAGGCAGCACUGUCUAGGUCAGAAGGCACCAUAUUAUCAAAUAACAUAUUACAGGUAUUCAGAACCUGCACAGUAUCUUGAUUAUUCACUGAAUAAUUGGUCUUUGUUAAGCAGAUAAUGGUACUGUUUGCAUUCAGAGCCUAGAUUUGAAGUAUAUGAUCUAGAAUAUUUGUAUUCAUCUGUUAUCCAGCUGAUGUAAGAACUAAAUAGAACAGAGUUCAGUAAAAGCUUCUAGGAUGGUAGUCUGCCUCUUGUGCUGUGCAUGUCUUGCUGACUGUAUCAUACCUGCAGUUCUGAAGCUGUUGAAGAGAUUUUUUUUUUUGUUUAUUGAAUUUAAUUUUGUAUGGGUGUUUCCAGCAAUGCUUGGGACCAUAUAGACUGUUUAAACAUAGACAGUAUUAAAAACCAAACAGAAAAUGCCCAGAAGAAUAGAACAGUUUGGAAGCUUUCUACUUGUUGAUGGGCAGAAGGGGAAGUGAAGGAGAAAAAGAGUACAAUUACAGGCAAAUAGGGUUUAUGAGAGAAAUGCCAUGUCUUUCUGUGUCACACACCACACCUUAUUGUGCUUAUCUAGAGGAGAGAGAGUAUUUCUGCUGUAUGAAUAUUUACUUAGGCUUUUUAAUCCUUGAAGAUCCCAAGAUAUGAUAUGAAAUUAUUGACUGCACUGUCAGUAGCUGGUUAUUUUUACGAGUAUGUCAGAAUAUGAGCUCAAGUAAGUUUGCAGGUUCCUUGGGCACUCAUUUAUGUAAGCUUAUGCUUGGAGGUGACUGUCAGCUUGGGAGAAUCCCCAGUGCUACAGUACUCUGUUUUGUGCAGGCUGGGGAGCAGGUGAUGAUGAACAGACCUUUCUUGUCUGGGUUUUGUCUUACCUUCUUUUUCCCAAGAUGGAGUUCAAAAGAAAAGCAGUAAGGUGAUUAAAUUACUGCCUUAAAGGACAACAAAAGUAAUCAAACCCACCCAAAGUAAUGUUUUUUUGUAUAAAGUGCAGUGUAGUCAGCUAAUCAAAACACAUGUUCUCUAUCUGUGACUGUUUAGCCUGCAGAAGAUCAGCCUGCCUUGCAGUAGGGAAGUUGUAUUUUCCAUAAGAGCUGAAUACCCAUUUGAGCUGUGAUCAGCACUCUGCCUUCCCUAAGGAGAUGGCAGUGAUUGUAGCAUUUAUCAUACAUAAAGGAAUCUGUCUUGCUCUAUAUAUCUGCCAAAAGACAUGUGAAAAAUAGAGACCAAGGCAGCAGCAUCCAUGAUCUCAGUAACCCCUCAGACAACAAGACUGAUGGUGAGUUAAGGAAAUCACUUCUUCCGUGCUCACCUGAGCUCCAUAUUUAGCCACAGCAAUAGUUUUGAGUUGGGUUGAUUUAGAAGCCUGUCUGUAAAGGAAUCUGCUAGCAGAAUAUUGGCUGAAAGGUUUGUGUAGUGCAUGAAGCUGUUGACCUGUGCUGCAGACACAUGAACUUGCAGGUGAAAACAAAUUCUUGUUCACACCAGAAAUUGAGUACCUGGAUAGAGUGCUGUGGCUUACAUUAAAAAUGGUUACUUGAAAAUUCAGUGACCUAGUGGGCAAGAGUUGGAAUUUUGGUGUUCAAGGAAAAACUGUAGUGCAUGCAAUUGUUUUAGUAAAAGCAAGGAGUUUGUCUGGGUUAUUCAGGAUUGAAGAAAUCACAGAAUGUAAUGCAUGUUCUGCUAUCAUCAAGCAGCCCUGUGUCUGAAGCAGAGACAUAAAACCAAGGGCAGAAGUUCUAUUCAGGGAAGAAAAGAUGGAGCAGAGUUAAGUUGCAGAGCACUUUUUUCAUGGAAAAGCACUGAAUAUUAGAAUUUUGCUUUAGUCCUCUGGUCUGUAACAUGCUAGCAGAAAUGAUGGAUCGGUGAUUCUUCUGACUUGGCAAGAUUAGGGCUGCUCCCUGGAAAAUGCAGCAAAAGAGCCUCAGAGGCUGCUCUGGGUAUGCUCACAGAUUUCUGUGCCUUUGCAAGGAAGGGAGAGACAAAGGACUUGCAAGCCAAGAUCAAAAUAAAAAAUGGUGUAUAAAAGGUGCCAUACAUGACCUGGUUUUCAAUUUCUCUGCUAAGGGCAAUGAAGCUGCAUGGUAUGUAAUUUCUAACGAUUUUUCCUUGUAUCAAGCUAAACUUUCCAUUCAUUUUUCCCUCUAAGGACUGAACUAUGAGCAUUCUUGUGAUUUGAGCAAGGGCAGGUCUAUAUGUAGCAGCAGCAGCUACUGGACCUACGUUUUGGACCAAGCUGCUUCCCUUCUUGCCAGUCAUGGUGUGUGGUGUCAAAGGUGCUCAAGUUGCUAAUUGCUAAUUUAAAAUCCAGAUGAAAGGAUGGAUGACAGCAUUUUUAUGCCCAUAGCUAGAGUUUGUGUAUCCCCUGUGCAAGGAGUAUGGCAGUGUUUUCAAGCUUAGAUUUUUGUCAGUUUUGAUAGUUUUGUGUUUGUUUUGGUGCAUGGAUCAGUAGGUGUUUAAAUUAGUUUACCUCUUUUUUCUAAGAUAUAGUUUUGCAUUUAUAUAAUAACAUAACAAUCAGUUAUAGAUUAUAUAUUACACAACUGAAGUGUCAGAGGAAGUCAUUCAGGUAUGGGUUAAUGAAAUAAGAUCUAGUAAAACUGUCCACUAUUACAAUUUAUUUACCUAGAAAAUCCUACUAAGUUUUAUCCUUAAAUAAGCGGGUAAGCUCUCUUUCCCUUCUCCAGUUUUCACAAAUUUCAACACUGUAUCUGCUGACAAAGUGAGUAGGUGGGGUUAAGAAAAGCAUUUCAGCCAGGUGGACUUCUAGUCAUAAUCUAUAAUGUGUGUAUGCACAUGUGGAUCCUGUAAUUUUUCUGCCUUCUGGGCUCUCAUUAAGUUCAUCCUGCUGCAGAGCUUGGAGUUUGAUUUGUACUUUCCACCAAGUUGUCUUUGGGAUAGCCUCUUAUCCCAUUGAUUUGCUGUGAUAUUUUUAUGCUAACUGUAGCAAAAGGAGGUGUUUAAGGAGAAAUAGUUAAAGAAUUUCAGAUGUGCUUUUCAUCUUCUGGACACAAACUGGUACAACAAAGGGGAGAAAAGUCAGCAUAACGUGACCAGCCAUCUCUGUAAGUUGUCAGUGGAGCAGAGUUUGAGAACAUCUGGACUGUGAAACGCACCUCUUGAACUUUCAUUGAUUGGUUCCUUAGGCUGCCAGCCAGGAAGUGUAUUUUUAGAUGCUUGCAGCAAAUUUUAUUGCAUGUGAGCAAAUGCCAGAUCCAUAGUUCGUCAGCUGCUGUUUUUCAGUAAGUAGGGAAAAUGGAUUUGGGUUUAAGUUAAAUAGUUAAUUUUAUGCUGCAUUGCAGCGUGCAGUUUGUGCAGCUGCACCUGAGUUAGCUUUAAACUGGACAGUGGCAACUGUCCACAAAGGCCAGCACACACUGUGGUAAUCCUGAGUGCCAAUCCAGAGAGGAAAACUAUUGGCCUGGUCACAGUAAAGCAAUCUUUUCUUUUACUUAGCCAUGGCCUCUGAAAGCAGAGAUGGGAAAAAUAUGUCUGUGUGUUUCAUUUUUAUGGCUUGCCAUAUAUUUUUUCCAGAAGAAAGGGAGGCAUAUUAAUUUAAUGGAAAAUGAAUGGGUUGACUCCUUAUAUGAGUGAAAUGUGAUGCAUGCAACAGUUACAUAGCACACAGGAGUGCAGCUAUUCCUUGGGAUUUUGAAACGAGGCACGUUCUUGUUAAAAGCAGGAGAAAAUAGUUCUGCCCACCAGCUGUGUGCUCUGCCUGCAGCAGUGGGCAGGGCAGUGGUGAAAUGUAAGUAAAGUGUGGGGAUGCCUGAACUGAUCUAAUCUCAGUGGUUGCCUUGGUCCCAUCUCGUUCCUGAAGGAUUCUGCUCUUGGCUGAGGGUGAACUGUGGUUUGGUCUGCCUGUGUUUUGCCCUUUGAUGCUACUUCUGAGUGGCAUCUCACUUCCUUCUCUCUGUUUUGUGCUCUGUAGAAGAGGGUUUCCAAUAUUACUGGUUUUUGAAAUUACUUGCUAAUGGAAUAUCUUGUCAAAACCUUGUUCAUAUUCCAUUCAAGACAGAAAUUUUCCUAUCCUGAAGCACUCCCUGUUUCUCAUGCUGUCUGUCCUGCAGUUUCUGCUGAACACAGAACCUUUCAGAAUCAGUGUGGUAGGGCCAUUAAACCAGCCUCUGUUGAUAAGGUAUAUAAUCUAUGCUUCUUCAAAACGGUGUGAUCUUAUUACUGCAAACAAUGCCUCAAAUUAGAUUAAGUGCUUUGGAGCAGGGGUUAUAUCACUUCAAAAACCACAUUCUAAAUCGCCUAAUGUGUCUAAGUAGCAUGUGAAUAACUAAAGUAUGGGCUAACUUUCUUCAUUUCUGUUCAUUUAAAAAUCACAGGAUUCUGGUUGUCCUUCUGGUGUCUUUCCCAUCUUGGGCUGCAGUGGAUUUUGUCAGCUCUCACUGAGAGCAGAUGCCUGGGACCAUCUGAAAGCUUUCUGCCCUCCACUGUUCAAGUGUUGUGAACUCUACAGUUCAUAACCUGUCAAUUGUCAACGUUGUUUUAAAAGGGAGGGCUGCGGUGAGUCCUGUGGAGAGCUCAGUCCCCGUCUCUCCUUCCGGGUGUCUCGGCGCUGCUGUCCCGGCCCGGUGAGCUCCUUGUGGCAUGGUAGCGAUCCCCGGGCUGCCAGCUGGACUCUGCUCCCUGCGGAGGAGCUGCCGCCCUCCUGCCAGCGGCUCCUUCAGGCCUGCGGCACAUUAUCUGGAAAAUGUGAAAAUGCAUUGGCUACAUUUUGCAUUUUUGUAAAAUUACAACACAUGAAAUAAAGCCUUGGAAAUGGCUCUACAAAAGAUAGACCUAAUCUUGCAAAGCUAGAACUUUAAUGCAGAGCAGCUGGAAGUAGUUAAAUAUUGGAACCACUGCUGAUUUGGUUGCUUCCUCCAACAUGACCAAUCCUCAGCCUGCAAUUGAAGGCAGUGUUUCGGAAGUUGAGAUCAUUUCCCAGCAAGUGGAAGAAGAGACCAAAAGCAUUGCUCCUGUGCAGCUUGUUAAUUUUGCUUAUCGAGAUCUACCUUUAGCUGCACUUGAUCUGUCUGUGGCUGGGUCCCAGCUUUUGCCAAAUUUGGAUGAGGAGUACCAAAGAGAAGGAUCUAACUGGCUAAAACCGUGCUGUGGGAGACGAGCAGCUGUGUGGCAGGUAUUUUUGCUCAGUGCAAGUCUCAACAGUUUCCUGGUAGCCUGUGUAGUAUUGGUGGUGAUUCUUCUGACUCUGGAACUCCUAAUAGAUAUAAAGCUUCUCCAGUUUUCAAGUGCUUCCCAGUUUGCAGGAGUAAUUCACUGGAUCAGCCUAGUCAUCCUCUCUGUUUUCUUUUCAGAGACUAUUUUGAGGAUUGUGGUCCUUGGCAUAUGGGAUUACAUUGAAAACAAAAUAGAGGUGUUUGAUGGUGCUAUCAUAAUCUUGUCCUUGGCACCAAUGGUGGCCUCAACAGUGGCCAACGGCCCCAGCAGCCCGUGGGAUGCCAUCAGCCUUAUCAUCACUCUGCGGAUAUGGAGAGUGAAGAGGAUCAUUGAUGCCUAUGUCCUUCCAGUGAAAGUGGAGAUGGAGAUGAUGAUUCAGCAAUAUGAGAAGGCAAAAGUUAUUCAAGAUGAGCAGCUGGAAAGACUAACCCAGAUCUGCCAAGAACAAGGGUUUGAAAUCAGGCAGCUGAGGGCCCACCUUGCUCAGCAGGAUUUAGACCUGGCUGCAGAGAGAGAGGCUGCCCUGCAGGUCCCACACGUGCUGAACAAGCAGAGCAGCAAGAGGUACAAGGUGGUGGCCACCGAAGACUCGGACGAUGAAGCCACCGAGAACAUCUCUGAGCUGCGACCUGCACGAGAAGAUGACAUGAAUAAUUACAUCAGUCGAUACUACAACGAGCCCAGCAGUGACAGUGGAGUCCCCGAGGCCGCCAUCUGUGUGGUGACCACGGCCGCCAUCGACGUGCACCGGCCCAACAUCUCCUCGGAGCUGUUCACGGUGGAGGUGCCGCUGCGCCUGGGCAGCACCGGGACCUCGGCCAGCCUCACGUCGGGCAGCGCCUCGCGCUCCACCGUCAGCUCGGGCACGCGGGGCUGCAGCGAGAGCAGCCAGACGCUGGGCUCGUCCCCGGACUGCAGCACGGCCUGCGAGGAGCCGCCCGCCACGGCCCGGCCCGAAGCGGCGCCCGCCCGGCAGCGCGCGGCCCAGGCCGUGGUGCAGGAGCUGCUCUCGUCCCUGUCGGAAGAAGCGUGCCUGGCGCAGAAGGGGCUGGAUCCCGUCAACCUGAAGCUGCCCAGCCCGGCCGGCUCGGUGGGGGCCAGCCCCGACCUGGGCCACCGGCUCAGCGUCUACAGCCGCAGGAACCAGGAGAGUCUUGAUGUCUUCCAGCUCAAGCCGCUCCUCGACUGCCCCCAGGGCGCCCCAAUGAUUGACGAGAAGUAUGGGGCGCUCGGGCCCCCAGAGCCACGGCUGGGCAGGGUUCCCGAGGCAUAGGGCCCGCCUGGGGGAACGGGGACUCCUGUGGGGGCACGCUCACCACGCUGGCCCAUGACGCUGCCACCGCUGAGGUGGCAGUGCUGAAGACAACCCGUGGCAUCUCCUGCAAUGGCCACCAGCCUAGGAUGAGGCCAGCAUCGCCUCUGCUCCCCCAGUGUCUGUGGCACAUGCUCUGCCACCAGCUCUGGGCCAGCUGGGACCUACAGUGGCCAUCUAGGAACAAUGGACCUUCCAGCAGCCUUAGGGCAGCAUGGACCCAUGGGGCCUGGAGGCACAGACUGUGCUGGGAACACCGUGGAACUUCCACCAGUCCAGGGCCAGCACGAGCCCCAUAGUGCCGGGGGCAGGACAGAGCUGCUGGACAGCUUGGGCCCAGCCUGGCUCCCCAGGUGGACCCCCCAGCCUGACCCUGCCCAGGGGCUGAGCGUGACUCGGAGGGGUGUGGAGAUGGGAAUAAACGCUGACAAACACAUGCA